CCGUGGGGCCGCUCCGCCGGCGGCGCGUCGAGGCGGGAAAGAGCGAGCCGAGCGGGCGGAGAAAAGCUUGGGAAGGAGCAGUGUGAAAGAAGAAAAUAUUUACAAUAGUUUUCUACCCAAUUAAAAACAGAAGACAGACUGAAAAGGAGCGAGCUCAUCUACCACCCACACCAAUUAAAAGUUGCCUUUAAAGUGCUGCUAUUUUGGAAAAGGGCUGUGAGCAAAUGAAAAUAGGAGAACAGCUGUCAAACGAGAAGACCAGUGAUCCUUCCUUCCUCCCAUCAGGAACUCUAUAGGACUUAAAGUCAGAUCCAGCGCACUUCUUUUCCUCAUACACAUGGAACCUAUGUAAAACCUAUGCAAAACUUCCAUGUUACAUGAUGGAAUUCACUCAAGAAGAGUUGCAUAUCUUAGAUCAAUACCGUUGAAGAUACCUUCUGAUUGCAACACCCCAAGCACAGUACUGUCACGAAUUUGCUGGAAGAACACAUACAAUGGAUCUCAAAGAAAGCUGCCCAAGUGUUAGCAUUCCCAGCUCUGAUGAACACAGAGAGAAGAAAAAGAGGUUUACUGUUUACAAAGUGUUGGUCUCAGUUGGCAGAAAUGAGUGGUUUGUCUUCAGACGGUAUGCAGAGUUUGAUAAACUCUACAAUACGCUAAAGAAGCAGUUUCCCACUAUGAACCUGAAGAUUCCAGCUAAAAGAAUAUUUGGAGAUAAUUUUGAUCCUGAUUUUAUUAAACAGAGAAGAGCAGGACUGAAUGAAUUCAUUCAAAACUUAGUUAGACAGCCAGAGCUAUGCAACCACCCAGAUGUCAGAGCAUUUCUUCAGAUGGAUAAUCCAAAACACCAGUCAGAUCCAUCUGAAGAUGAAGAUGAAAGGAGUAAUCAGAAGUUAAAUUCUACCUCACCGAAUAUCAACUUGGGACCAUCUGGAAAUCCUCACGCUAAGCCAACGGACUUUGAUUUCCUGAAAGUUAUUGGGAAAGGCAGCUUUGGCAAGGUUCUUCUUGCAAAAAGAAAACUGGAUGGGAAAUAUUAUGCUGUUAAAGUGCUGCAGAAAAAAAUUGUUCUUAACAGGAAAGAGCAAAAACAUAUCAUGGCUGAACGUAAUGUGCUUCUGAAAAAUGUGAAACAUCCAUUUCUAGUUGGAUUACAUUACUCAUUCCAAACAACAGAAAAGCUUUACUUUGUCCUGGAUUUUGUUAACGGAGGAGAGCUGUUCUUUCAUUUACAAAGAGAACGUUCCUUUCCUGAGCACAGAGCCAGAUUUUAUGCUGCUGAAAUAGCCAGUGCACUGGGAUACUUGCACUCCAUAAAUAUUGUGUACAGGGAUUUAAAACCAGAAAACAUUCUCCUAGAUUCACUAGGUCACGUUGUGCUGACAGACUUUGGACUUUGUAAAGAAGGGAUUGCAAGUUCUGAUACUACUGCAACGUUUUGUGGGACACCAGAAUAUCUCGCACCAGAAGUUAUUAAAAAGCAGCCCUAUGACAACACAGUAGACUGGUGGUGCCUUGGUGCAGUUCUUUAUGAAAUGCUUUAUGGACUGCCUCCUUUUUACUGCCGUGACGUUGCUGAGAUGUAUGAGAAUAUUCUUCACAAGCCCCUAGUCUUGCGUCCAGGAAUCAGUCUCACAGCCUGGUCCAUUCUGGAGGAACUUCUGGAGAAAGAUCGGCAAAGCAGACUUGGAGCAAGGGAAGAUUUUCUUGAAAUUCAAAAGCACCCAUUCUUUGAAUCUCUCAGCUGGACUGACCUACUACAGAAGAAGAUUCCACCACCAUUUAAUCCUAACGUGGUUGGCCCAGAUGAUAUUGGGAAUUUCGAUGCGGUGUUUACAGAAGAAAUGGUCCCAUAUUCAGUUUGCAUCUCUUCUGAUUACAGCAUUGUUAAUGCCAGUGUCCUAGAGGCAGAUGAUGCGUUUGUUGGGUUUUCUUACGCACCACCUUCUGAAGAUAUGUUUUCCUAGGAAGUUAGAAGCCGACGCUGUUUUGGGAGUCUUGGGAUGAACUGAAACAUUAUGAACACAUUCCAAAUUAGUGUAACUAGUGCCUCAUUUUGUAUAUAGAUUUGUAACCUAUGAAGAAACGUUCUCUGCUGUAUAGAAGGAAUUUGGGCAUUUUUGGAUGGCUUUCUUUGGGAUUUGAACUGUUUAUUCCUGCUGCAGAAAAUAUUUUUUAAAAAACGUUAAGUAACAUUCUCUACAUUAACGUAUUUUUUUAAGCAAAAACACUGACUGUUCCCAUCAGUCCCUUCAGGUUUACAUUCGUACAUAUCUAAGAUAAUGCCGGCACAAGCAGCAGCGUAUUUAGUGAAUUUAUAAAUGCCUUUGUACCUAUUUACAGUGACUUUGUGCUUGAAUUGUAACUAUGCAAAUUAUCUUUUGUAUAUCCUGGUUUAAAAAAGGUAAAUGUUUUUUUCCCUGUUACAUUGGUAUGAACUUUGUUAACCUGUCUGCACUUAAAUGAAGACUUAACUUAAGACUGAGAUGCUUGGAGGAUUUACGUAGAAUGAAAAAUCGGGUAUGUAAAACUAGAUUGCCACUUUUGUGUCUGCUGGAGUACCUGCGUCUCUGAACUGGAUUACUUGAAGUAUGCAGGAUUACUCAAAGCAAGGAUGGAACAAAUUAGCUAUUCAUUUGUUAACUUCACUGAUCAUGAGUUCUACCUUUUUUCCUCCUUGGGAUAAAUGUGUCUGUAUUUCAACUGCAUUAAAAAUAUUUUUGGUUAAAACUCUGCUUUUCCAAAGAUACAAUACGCAAUAAUCAGUGCUACUUUGAAAGGCUAUCUUACUUUAACCUUCCUGUGGCGGAUGGUGAGGGGAUCACGCCAAACAUUUAGUACUUUUCUCACUGAUUGAUAUUUGGAAGCACUAAUAUGUUCCAAAUCACUUGUAUUUCAACAUGCAUAGCUACUUGUCUUUGUGUCCCAUUUUUAAAUCUUCACUUGAUAUUUGAGGGGAAAAAAAAAAGUAAAUUGUGCUUAUAGUUUUAGAAAUGUGAAAAGUUAAUGUAUUUCUCAUAACAUACACAUGUAUGGAGAAACUGAUCAUUCUGAUCAACUUCGGUGUAAGGAAAACUUUUAACAAUGCAAAAACUGCUGUUAGUGCGUAAAAGCUUAUCAUGGCAGGUAGUAGUAUUAUUAUGUAUAUCACCUGUAAAUAACAACUUAUUUUUGUCUGUUCCUUCA